AUGAAUGGGAGUCCCUUUUGUGCAGAAGCACUUGCGCUGCGGGAUGGGCUUCGGUUGGCGUGGGAGAGAGGUUUCCGUAAAAUCAUUUGUGAAUCAGACAGCUUAGAGGUGGUUAAGGUUGUGCAGCAUGGUGGCAGGUUUGACACCCACGUUCAUGGGCAGAUUCUGAGCGAAAUUGGUGAGCUUUUGAACAGGAAAUGGCGUGUGGAGCUUGGGUGGGUGGCUCGUGAGGGAAAUAUGGUCGCAGAUUGGCUUGCAAAACAGGGCUCUCUUCUAUCUUUAUGUGGGUUCAAUGUGGUUGACGUUACUCCUCCCGGAUUAGGGCUCCUUCUUUUGAAGGAUUCCCUUGGUGUUGCUUAG